AUGACUGCUUCGAUGAAAUUUACUCUUCUUCUCGUUAGCAUCUACGGCACGAUAAUCGUCGAUGCAGCCGACUGUGGUGGAUCUAAACAAUCAGUUCAAGAAUGGGACAUGUGGGCUGUCCGCGAACUGAUGUGCACCAGUGAAUGCAAUCGCCAGUAUUUUUGUGAAUUAACAGGACAGGAGGGAAUGCGUGUCGUUCGUUUUGGUCAUACAGGUCGUCAUUGUUGGGAUGCUCUAGAAAACAUCAUUAUGCAAUGCUUUCACAAUAAACGCUCGCAAUUUGGCAUGUGGAACUAUGACGGCGAGAAUUAUCAAAUUCACGCAUAA